GCAGACACCCACCAGUCGCCAGUCGUGGGUUUCAGGAGCGUCUGUGGGCCGCGCGGCCCCGUUGGGACGAGCACGCGCCCGAGUGGGGCGCGCCCGCGCGCCUUUGUGUCCCGGCGGUUGCUCAGCAACCGGCUGGCGGGGGCGCCGCGCGGCCAUGCAGAAGCCGGGCGGGACCCUGAGCGCGGCGAUCCGGGAGCACCUGAGGCGCUUGUGUCUGCGCGAGUUCCCGUGCGGCACUGGCAGCUGGAAUAAGUCACGCUUUCUUCCUCGAACGUGGCGAGCAUGGAAGGAGCUGGUCCCCAGAGAGGAGGAGGCCGGGAACCCUGGGGAGGAGACGGUGGAGGCGCUCCUGGGCCUGGUCCGAAGCCCCAACUCACCCUGGGCUCUGCCGGAGGGCUCCAGUGCAGAGGACCAUUUUCUGAAGGAACUGGCCAUCCGGAAUCCCCUGGUGCUCAAAGACACCUUCUUCUACUCCUACUUCAGGUCCCUUCGGGUGGUGGACAAGCAGGUGAGCCUGGUGGAUAAAGGUCUCCUGAAAUUUCUGAAUCUUGAAGAGUUGGUACUGAGUGCCAAUCAGAUCAAGGAGAUAGACGCCAUCAACCUGCCCCCAACACUCAAGGUGCUGGAGCUCUACGGCAACAAGAUCAGCAGCGUGGAAUGUCUGUGCACUCGCCCGCCCCCACACCUCCAGCACUUGGGGUUGGGUCACAACAAGCUUCUGGGCCCCUUGGAAAGUCUCUAUGUCACCGCAGACUACUGGCCGAACCUCGUCUCCCUGGACCUGAGCUUCAACGACCUGACGGACCUGCAGGGCCUGAUUGCCAGCCUCCGCACCCUCCCGCACCUGCGGGUGCUCGUGCUCCAGGGGAACCCCCUGGCCCUGGUGCCCUACUACCGAGGCUUCACCAUCGACAGCCUGCCCCGGCUCUGCGUGCUGGACGACAUCACCGUGUCUCCCAGUGAGAAGUAUCAGUUCCGGGGGCUCAGCCGGAGUGGGGACCUCUUGGCCCGUGAGGCCCAGCUUGUGGUGACUGUUGGAAAUGUCAAGGGCGUUCUGGACACCUCUAUCCUGGACCCAGAACCGGGGCCUCAGGGCCCUUUUAUCUCCUACAGCUAUUACGUGACCUACGACUUUGUGGAAGACGAAGAAGGAGAAAGAGGCGCGCGCGGCGGCGUGCUGGCUGAGAUCGUCAAGCCCUCGCCCAGCACCGAACAGCUGGAUGAGGACAUCCCUGAAGAGCUCUUCGGGGAGGCCGAAGACUCCCCGGAGUCCGGGCUGUCCAGCCAGUCGGGAGAGCUGGAGGAAUCGGGGGGCUCGGAGGGCUCGGGGCACCUGCCCAGGGUGACCGACUCCGCGGAGGAGCUGGCCAAGCUGCGGCCGCGAAUAGAUCCCCGGCUCUGCCCCUCCCCGGGGACUGUUCUCUUCAGCACCGUCCGCAAGCCCUGGACUGAUGUCAUCCCCUGCCACUAUGAGAUGCAUCACACGCUCCGGGACUUGGUGCCCCUCAAGGCCUUCCUGCUGGCAGGGACCACCGUGACCAUCGUGGAGGAGAAGAUUCUCUCCUGGCCUGCAGUGCCUUCAGCUGUCGAUGCUGUGUUGUCUUCCAAGAGCGGAAAAGGGGAGAAGGACAAGAAGGGGCAGAAGGACAAAGACAAGAAGGGAAAGGACCGGAAGGACCAGGCUGGGAAAGCGGAGAAAGAGACGGUGCCGAAGGAGCAGAAGGCGUCCAAGAAGAAGGAGCUUCCUAAGGAGCUCCGGCAGGACCCGCCCAUCCUGCGAGUGCUGGGCAGCGGCUUGGUGGCCUUGGAGCCCCUGCUGGUGGGGGAGCCACUGGUGUCCGAAGUGUGCAACUUCGGGGUGAUCCGCACCUUGGAAACGGACAACCUGAUCGCCCUCAGGGAUGCAAAGAAGAACAAGAACAAGAAAGCUAAAAAAGAGAAGAAUAAGUCUGCGGUUCACAUGGACGACGGCGACUACCAGCCGCAGCCCCUGACGGUGGAGGUGCAGGUGCAGCUGAGCCAGUACCGCUCGGCCGAGGAGGCGCUCCGGGAGCUGUCCCUGUAGCGCGCGGGAUUAAAGGCUGUUCUGACG